AUGAAUCACAUCAAACAAGAGGAUAUCAAACCCGCAUUGGUCCAAGAGGAACCAAAAGACGCGCUUUCGUUGAGCGCGGCUACUCUGACGACGAAUGGAAAGAAAGAGGUGAAGAAGGAGGAUGUGGACGUUGUCAAACCACUCGUGCGUGAGAGCGAUGGCAGGAAGAGUCUCUGGCAGGGCUCGUCGCAGUACCGCCAUUGGAUGUUUUCGCAAGAGAUGCUUCUGAAGCAGCGCACCCAUACAAAUGAGACUGCUGUCACCGCCAUCAAGCGUGCCUACGAGGCAGAAGAGACCGGCUCGUCGAACGGAAUCGAGUUUAUCAACGCGCAGGAAGAAUAUGCACUUGUCAAGCUUUAUGUGGACAAAAUCUCCGCUCUCUGCGAUCACUUUCGGUGGACAGAAGAAGUCGAGGCGACGGCAAUGACGUAUCUCAAGCGUUUCUAUCUCAAGAAUACCGUCAUGGAUUGGCAUCCAAAGAAUGUCAUGUUAACAGCACUCUUUCUAGCAGCAAAGACGACCAAUCAGCCAAUCUCGUUGGACGCAUAUACAUCCGCCAUUCCAAAGACGUCACCAAGCGAUGUCCUUGACCUCGAAUUCCUCGUAGCGCAGAGUCUCUCAUUCGAAUUCGCCGUUUGGCCCGCCUUUCGUGCCGUCUGGGGUAUCUGGCUAGACCUCCAGAGUCUACCCGAUACUCGUCCAGAAGCGAUCAAAGAUAUCCUCAAUGCCGCACGUGAGCACGUAAGGACAGCUCGUCUCACGGACGCGGAGUUCCUGUACCCACCCUCCCAAAUCGCCGCCGGUGCAUUUUGGCUCGCGAGCGAAACAUUGACCGAACAGUGGGCGAAAGCCAAAGGUCUAACAGCGAGUGAGCUUGAGCCGAUAAAGGAGGUAGCGCGCAUGAUCGAGCGCGAGAAUGAGCCAGGCGGACGGAUCAAUAUCGAGCUUGUGAGGGAUGUAGAUCGAAGGCUUCGACUUUGCAAGAACCCAGAGAAGAUCCCGGGGACAAAUGCAUACAAGCGGAAACAAGCAGCAGCAGAGGCGGCUGCAAACGAGAAGCGUGCAAAGAAACUUGCAGCGGAACAACAGGCAGGCUCAAUGGAUGUUGAUGUGUUCGGCGAAAAAAUCUUCAUUGGCGAUGUGAAGCAGGAGGCCAAGCCCGACUUGGGAUUUUCGUCUGGGGACGAGGACUAA